AUGGGCCGGGCUCAAUUCGAGUACGAUGAGGUGGGAAACACAUUUUAUUAUGUUCUGAUUGCAUUUUACACUGUUCUGCUUCUUCCUUUGACUCAUUUCCUAUGGCCUUCAGCAGGUAAGAUCUCAUGAAUUAUAAUUAUUUUUUGUUUAGUAAAAGUUGAAAGCAAAACUACUGGAUGUCAGUGUGAGGGUGAUCGUAUCAAACGAAAGAAUCUACUGGAUUCUCAGCCAAAGCAAACAAGGAAGCGAAUUCUGAAAUCUAUCAUUCUGUUGAUGGCUUGGGGAUUUUUAUUCUACUUGGGCAAUAAAGUCUCGCAGAUUGAGGUGACUCAUGAGGAAUAUGACCCUUACAAAGUUCUUGGGUUGGAUCAGGUGGGUUAAUUAUUCAGUUUGUGACGUGGCCGUUUGUAUUGGAACUCCUUGUGGAAAUACGCUUUUAGGGUGCUGGAGUGUCUGAAAUAAAGAAAGCUUACCAUAAAUUGAGUAAGCAAUAUCACCCCGAUCGAGGCGGAGACGAGGAACAGUUUAACCAUCUCGCAAAAGCUUAUCAAGCUCUUACAAAUGAAGAAUCAAGAGAGAAUUGGGAAAAGUAUGGCAAUCCAGACGGACCUCGGGGUAAGUGUGAUAUUUUUACAAUGUACGGGGUGUUCCGAGAAAUGCGCCGGAAAGUUUUGGUUUUUGUCCAAGAAAAUUAUUUUCUUCGCCAACGCGGAAAGUAGUGUUUUCGGCGGAGACUUUUUGGAACUUUUUUGGUCAUCGCAUCAAUUAUUAACACUUUAAUAUGACGCUGAAACUUCCGGAAAAUAGUCAAAUUUUAAGCAUAAUCUAUCAGAAGGUCGGCGGCAGUGCUAUUGAUCGCAUUUAGCGACUGCAGGGUGCAGCUUGUCGCUGCGACACCAAUAAAGUCUGGCCGCACCGUGUGGGAGUUUGAAACAGCAUGGCAAAGAAAAAUUUGAACUUUGUUGUUUUCUGGUGCACCAAGUGGUUCGCCGAUGGCUAAACUUCUGCCAAGGCUUGGCGACGACAUUUUGGAGGGCACAAGACGCCAGCAGAAAUGCUAUAAGAAUUGCGUUGAGCUAUUCUUAGUUUUGCAUCGUUAUCCAAAGCUGAGUUAUGGCGUCCGCCAAUAUGGCAAGCGUCCCCCCAUGCCUUCGCCGAUUGUUUGAUAAACAUAAAAAUAAACAAAUUUCCUCCUUUCAACUAUCAAAAUUCAUAGUCAAGCGUUUAAGAUUGGUGUGAUGACCAAAAAAGUGCGUAAAACUCCGCCGAAUACUCUGCUUUCCGCAUUGGCGGAGAAAAUAGUUUUCUUGGGCAAAAAACCGCCAAUAUUCUUGUUUAUUAUGCAAAAAGAAUUUUUCGGAUAUCUUAACUGCCAAGAAAUCGAACUUCCUGGCACAUUUCUCGGUAAAAUAUUUUGGCGAAGAUGCCCUUGCCCCUCCCCCCUUCCGGCCCCUAGCUACGCCUACUUGUUCUUACCUUUAUAUCGCUCCUUUAGCCACAACUUUCGGAAUUGCCUUGCCCAAAUGGAUUGUAAGCGAAAAUUAUGGCAACUGGGUACUCGCGUUCUAUGGACUUGUUUUCAUGAUAUUAAUGCCUUCGGCUGUGGUAAGAGUUUUAUGACGUAAUUUUUAUUCUUUAGGGAUAUUGGUGGUAUAAUUCUAUAAAAUACAGUGCCGACAAAGUACUUCUUGAAACCACAAAGACAUUUGCACAUUUCAUCUCCAAGACGCCGAAUAUGGAGGUUACAAGUAGGUUUUGUGUUUUUCUGGUGUAGUCCUUAGGUUCACACUAUUAUAUUGGGUUGUGCAGUAAGUUCGUUCACUUUUUUUAUUGCUUUGUUUUACAAGGAUUGUAUGUUGUUUGGCAAAGGGUUAUAUUUAUUUGAUACAUUUUUUCUCCUCUAAAAAACUGCUUUUAAUAGUCUUUUUUUGAAAUUUUUUUUUUUUUUUUAUUAUUUUUGGGCGUACAAAUGAACCACCCAGGAGGAAAAAAGUUUGCGUUUCACCUGCUUUUUUCUCAAUGAAAAGCGAAUGAAUUCUUCAACUUUAACCUGAGCUUGAACUGUGUUUUUGGGAUUUGUGGGGCUCUGAUCCAUGCGCAUAAUUAUGAAAACCUUUCAGGAGUUUUGAUGGUUUUAACGGCGUCUUGCGAAUUUUGGAGAAAAUUUAACAACGAGAUCGUCGAGAGUGAAGAGGAUGACGUUGAGCUGCCUGUGUUGAUGAAAGAAUUCAAGAAUCUUGGGGAAAACAAAAAAGAAAUACCGUUCAGUCAGCCUUACUCUGUGAAGUGUCGUAUCUUGUUGUAUGCAUAUCUCUCCCGAUUGGAUUUAAAUUCGGCUAGGUUGGAAAGGGGUAAGUUAACGUCCUUACCCUCUAAACUCUGUCAGAUCAAACAUACAUGGUAUCUCGAGUAUUGCCAUUGCUCGAUGAAUUUAUGCGGCUUGUUAUCCAAUUUACGUUUAAUGGAUGGACUCGCCACACUCCCACUAUCAAUACCAUUGAGAAUGUUCUCAAGCUGUAUCCUAUGUUCGUUCAAGCGUUGUGGCAAAAGAACAGUCCAUUAAUGCAACUUCCUCAUCUCACCGAACAAAACAUUGCAUAUCUUCGAAGAGUAGGGAUCCAUGUCUAAGUAUAACAUAUUUUAGAACCGUGUUUAUACCCCUCAGGACUUGGCUCAGCUAAACGAAUUGAAAAGACGAGCUCUUCUUAAUCACAUGGAAGAGUGCGAUUACAAUGACAUCAUAACUGUUCUUCACAUGAUGCCAAAACUUUUAGUGGAAACUAGAAUUGAAGGUAAGCUGUGAUGGGGAUUCGCGGUGAACUUUGUUUUAGUACAAGGCGAAGAUGAUUGUGAUACAGUGACGGUUGGAUCAGUGGUUACCAUUAAGAUCCACCUCACGAGGUUACCUUUAUUGGAUCUGGAUAAUCGUUUAAGAGAGAUUGAAGAAGGCGCUAUCAAGAAAGAGAAAAUGGCUUUGGAGACAUCGCUUCAGCCAGAACAGCCAAAGAAAAAACCAUGGGAAAAGCAAAAGCCUAAGAAGAAACCCGGGAAAGUAAAAAGGAUUGGAAAGGUAAGUAACCGUUUCUUAUUAGGGAUUUCCUAAGCGGACUUUACACCCUUGAAUUUUAGGCCAACAAGAAAAGAUUCACUAAUGAGGAAGGGACCGAAGAAACAAAGAAAGAAGAUAACAAAGAAGAGGUUGACAAAAAACAAAAAAAUAACCGACCUAAUGAGUCAGACGAGGGCUCGGAGUAUUCUGACAGCGGCUCUGAAUCUAAUGAAAGUUACGAUUCUGAUAAGAGUUUGUUGCCUGAUGAAAGUGAAAGCGACGACGAUUGGGGAGACGAUGAGGUGCCUUUGAAGAAAGAGGCAUUGCUAGAAUCUGAACCCACUGAUCAUCACGAGGUCCAUUGUCCACUUUUUCCACAAGAGAAACACGAAUGGUGGUAUCUGUAUUUAAUUGAGAAGAGGACAAAGAAUCUCGCUUCUCUCAUCAUUCCAUGCAAAACAUUGAACACGGAGAAAACGGUAAAAUUGUUUUUCAUGUUUUGUAAAUUUUUUCAGCUUGAAAUGCGGAUCUCAGCUCCCCCGGAGAAAGGCGUUUACAACUUUACCCUACACAUAAAGUCGGAUUCUUAUUUGGAUUUUGAUUAUUCCCAGGAUGUUAAGGUGAGAACAUGAUCUUUUUCAGAAGACGAAAAUCCGUUUUCAGAUGGAGGUACAAAACGCGCGGGAACCAAAUGUGAUUGUAUAUGGUAGUUCUGAAGAGGAAGAAGAGCGGGAAGAAGUCCUUGAGACGUCCGAUGAUUACACCGAAGGAUCCGCCUCCGAGAACGAGGACUGA